CUUCCGGCUCCGGGGCGCGUGCGCGGGGCAGCGGCAUGGCUACCGGGGCCAAGCGGAGAGCGCCGGGGCCGCCCGAGCGCCGGGAGCCGGGCGGGGAGGAGCAGGACUCAGACUCGGAGCAGCGGGACUCGGCCUCCGAGGAGGAAGAGAUCAGCGAGGAAGUGAAUGUUGAAUUUGAAGCACAUUCGAUAUCAGAUAAUGACUAUGAUGGGAUAAAAAAAUUACUGCAACAGCUGUUUCUAAAAGCUCCAGUUAAUAUCGCUGAGUUAACUGACAUAUUAAUACAACAGAAUCACAUUGGGAGUGUUAUCAAGCAAGCAGAAAUUCAAGAAGAAAGUGAUGAUGAAGAUGAUGAUGAUGAUGAAGUCUUUGGCUUCAUAAGCCUCUUAAACUUAACUGAAAGGAAGGGUACUCAAUGUGCUGAACAAAUAAAAGAGCUGAUUCUAAGCCUGUGUGAGAAGAACUGUGACCAGAGUAUGGUUGAACAGCUGGAUAAGCUCCUAAAUGACACCACCAAGCCUGUGGGCUUCCUACUAAAUGAAAGAUUCAUUAACGUACCACCACAGAUCGCUCUGCCCAUGCACCAGCAGCUUCAGAAAGAAUUGGCUGAAACUCAAAGAACAAAUAAGCCAUGUGGAAAGUGCUACUACUACCUUCUCAUCAGCAAGACCUUUACAGAGACAGCAAAGCGCAGCUCUAAGAAGAGAGGAGAGAGCACACAGCAGAGAGAGGAAUUAAUGUUUGCAAAUGCAGAGGAAGAAUUCUUUUAUGAGAAAGCCCUUCUGAAGUUCAACUAUUCUGUGCAAGAGGAGAGUGACACAUGUUUGGGAGGCAGAUGGUCCUUUGAUGAUGUACCAAUGAAACCUUUGCGAACUGUUGUGUUGAUUCCAUCUGAUAGGAUGAAUGCAAUCAUGGAUAAACUGAAAGAAUAUCUCUCUGUCUAGACAGUUUCCUUGGAUAAUGUUUUUAUAAAGCAACCAUGCAAAACUAUAUGCCUUUUGAAUAGCUUCCCAAAAGUUUUAUGAUGUCAUCAGUGUUAUGUUCCUGAGGAAUCACCUUUGUAUACUAGUGAAACGUGUAGGUUGUACAACUAACAAUGUCAAUCAUACUGUUACUAUAAAAUACUAUAUCCUAGUAGACUUUGGAGUCACCAUUAAGAAUGCAAUUAAAAAAACCCUACAUCCCUAAGACUUCUAAAGAAGUUAAUUUUUCUUCUCUUUUCUGUUAAAUACUUGUGUAUUUCAAGUUGAAAAAACAUUGAAUGGAUUAAUUUGGGGACAUAUUGCACAUACUGGUUCCGUUUGGUUGAAAGUAGUUGGAUAUAAUCCAUUGAAUAAUUCAUCUUUGUUCAGCAGGAGUUUGGGGAUAUUUUUCAUAUUCUUUGUCUUACUGUUUUAUUUAGUGUUCCUCUUUCAUUGUUGAAACAGGUGAUAAAUGAUUACUUCCUGCAGAAUCUCCUUGCUUUCACUAGGAGGCAGAUUGCUAAAAUAUUAUUGAGGUGCCAGUUCCACAAAUCUGUUGAGAAAUGGAAUAAAAUAUAUUUUUUAAAAGAUGAAA